UCCAAGAGGGAAGUCUCCUGACUGCCCCCCGCCAGGGUCCGACUCGGUGUUUCGGGGCAGGGCAGCAGCGAUGGCGCAGCUCACCCUCUCCCAGCUGCUGGACCUCGCCAUCGGGACGCCCGAGGUCGGGGCUGUCAACUUCCCGACCCUGCACAGCCUGCUGCUGGCCAUAUUGAGGCACCUAGGCCUGCUGGACCUGCCUGCCCGGGAGGUGCUGGGGGAACAGCAGCUUGCCGAGGCACAGCCCGGAGAAGAAGGAGGACAGGGCAGAGGCACUGGCUGCAGGACACUUGCCCCGGAGGACUCGCUUCGGGAGACCACAAGCAGCCCCCAGGUCGCUGACGUGGCUGCUGACAUGGAUCAGAUGAAGAAGAGGAUUGAAGCAAAUGAGAGCAACAUCUCCAAGGACAUGUCUGUCUCCCGUGAUCUCCUUGAGGAGAUUGAUGGAAUAAAGGCAGCACAAUCUCACAUGGAAGAAGACAUCCGGACAAUUCAGGAGGCACUUGGCUUGGGGAAACUCCAGGAUGGGACUGGCCAGCUGCUGAGCCUUCGUGACCAGACAUCGUUGGAUGAUGACGUGAAAAACCUGAAGGAAAGGCUGAGCCUCUACCCGGCCCCAGAGGAGGGGAGCAGUGGGACACAGUCUGCCUCCUCUGAGUCCAGCACUUCAGAUGUGGACACCCUGUAUGGGGCAAGCUCAGACCCGGAGCUGAAGGGAGCAGGGACACAACCUGCGGCAAGGACCAGCAGAAGCACCAGCAAGGGGAUUCCAGGAACACAGCCUGGCUCCCUGAGCAAGCAAGCAGGGGUGCAGAAAGCACCAAUGACCCCUGAGAAGCGGCCAAGUGCUCCCUCAGAUCACACAAGAACUUCUGAUGCCAGUGUCACCACCCCAGGGACACAGCCAGGGCCCCCUGGCACCAAGACCACCACCCCAGGGAUGCAGCCAGGACACUCCAGCACUCAGAGCACAACCCCAGAGAUGCAAAUGGGACACUCCAGCACCCAAAGCACAACCCCAGGGAUGCAGCCAGAAUACUCCAGCAUUCACAGCACCACCCCAGGGAUGCAGCCAGGAUAUUCCAGCACCCAGAGCACCACCCCCGGGAUGCAGCCAGGAUACUCCAUCUCUCAGACCACCACUCCAGGGAUGCAGCCAGCACCUCCAGGCACCCAAGAAGGAGGAGCAGAGGUUCAGCCAACCCCUCUCUACAUGGAGCCCAGCCUUCCUAGUGCUGAGAAUGUCCCUGCUGAAGCCACCCCCGGUGCUCUGGGGACACAGAUGGAUGCUACAAGCCUCAAGGCAGGAGGCAAGGUUUUGUCCAGCACACAGCUUGCCCAGACAGGCCACCUAUCAGUGGGGACCCUCUUACCAACAGCCCAGGGGCGGGAGCACCUCCUUGCCGCUGAUCACAAGGCCAUGUCCCCUUCUCAAGAGCCAAACGUGCUCUGGGGGUCCUCAGGCUCCGUGAGCGCCCCCGAGCGCUACGUGGAGACGGUGGAGGCUCUGCGCCAGGUCGGGCAGCUCGGGCACCUCUACUCUGCCUUGAAGGAGCAGGUGGCCCAGCUGGAAGCCACCAAGCUGGAAGCCACCGAGGUUGAGAGGCUGCGCCUGCUCCUCCCUGAGGGAGAGCAGGAGAGCAUCGCCAGCAUUCUGGCUGACCUCCAGGGGCAGGUGUCCUCCCUGCAGCGCCUGGUCAGCGACCUGCGGGACGAGAAAGGGAAGAGCAGGCAGCUGGAGGAUGCCCUCGGAAGGCUGGGAGCGGCUGGAGUUGGCUUGAAAGCAGACACCAGUGACCAGAUCACCCUGGAACCGGAGUCCGCGCUGCAGGAAGUAAAGCAGGAGCUGAAGGAGCUUGGAGAGCAUCAGGAGAUGACCAAAGCCACUCUGGAGCAGUUGGUGACCAAAUCAUCUGAGCAGCUGCAGGAGCAGCUGGACAAGCUGAGGGAGAUGGUGGAGAGCAGCCCAGGGCAGGAGCAGGCAGAGUGCCCCACGUGCAGCACAGACACCAGCUGGCAGCUGGGACAGCUCCUCCAGCGCUACGAGAAGCUCCAGGAGCUGAUGCACUCCUUCAUGUCACAGCAGCCUGUGGGCAAGAUGAUGAAGCCAAUGCCAAGGAGGACUCAGCAGGAUGAGGAGCUGCUGAAGCACAUCCAGGCCACCGUUGUGCACCUGCAAGGGGACUACGAGAAGCUCAGCUCUGUCACAGGGAACCUCCUGGAUGACUGUCACCAGAAGCAGAAAGAUAUUGAGGCUCUCUUCCAGUCCCUGGAGAGGCUGGAGAAGGAGAAGGUGGACAAGGAGGACCUGCUGCUGGGAAUCGAUGUGAAGGCAGACAAAAGCGCCCUGGCCGGCAAGGUCAACCGCACCCAGUUCGAUGCCAGCAUGGAGCGGCUGAACGAAGUGAUCCAGGAGAUGCUGAGCCGGGUGACAGGCCAGGAGCAGGGCUGGCACCAGCUCCAGCAGCAGCUCAGUGAAGAGCUGGGCUCCAAGCUGGACCGCCUGGAGCUGGGGCCGUUCCGGCAGCAGCUGGAGGAGCACUGGAGGAGCACCCUGGAGAAGAUCAAGGAGAAGGAGCCAGGAACAAAGGCAGACGAUGCAGCUGGGAUUAAGAAGCAGCUGCUGUCCCAUUUCCACUGCGUGUCCUGUGACCGGCCCCUCAACAUGCUGGUGCCUGGCCCGCUUGUACCCACCGUCCCGUCCAUGCCCUCGCUGCCCUCCCGCCUCGCUGGGGACCUCCAGACCAUCCUCGAGCAGGAGCAUGCACAGCAGCACAGCCACAGGGAGCGGGCGGCCGAGGGCAGGUUCCCCAGCGUGCCGCGGCACUGCGGGGGCCAGCACACCCUCACCCUCCCCCUGCAGCGCUGCCAGCGCCCCCGCAGCCUGCCGCCGGGCACCCCGCAGCCGCUCCACACCCCGCUGCCCGGCAAGCACAACGAGACGGAGCUGCUGGGCCAGGAUGGACACAUCUACAGGGGCCAGCAGGAUGGGCAGCUGCCUCUGAUUGUGGGCAAGGAGGGCUCCCAGAGGGACAAGGCUAAGCUGUCCCCACGGCAGUGGGACACCCAGGACACCAUUCAGCUGUACUUACGGCCCCAGAGUGCUGGGUCCCCGCUCAGCCAGGCAGGCACCCCCACCUCGCUGGAGCACCAGCCAGCCUCUCCCAGCCGCCAGGGCUCUUCCCCCAGCUCCAGCCCCCGCGGGAUGGAUCCAGCACCCCAGCAGCUGGACAGCACUGGGGGGCCCUGACUGAGCCCCCCACACUGCGCAGGCAAGCAAGCAGCUCCAGCCUGCAGCAAUAAAGGGCAAUGGGCAGCCAA